UGUGCCCCUUGGCGAAUGUGGGGGCGCGGUGGCCGCAGAGUCCCCCGUGUUGGCGGUAGACCCCGGGACGCCGGAGCGCCUGGCUCGGCCUGGAGCAAAGCAGAACGAUCGGUUCAGGGAAAGAGCCGGUGGGCGCAGAGAUGGGGGCGGGCAGACCUGGAGCUUCCGCCGCCGCCCUCGCCGCGGGAGCAGGUGAACCAAGGAAAUUUGACCCGAAGUUCAGAGGACCUAUUCAUAACAGUGUUUCUUGCCCCUAGGCACUGCACAGAUAUUAUUUGCUGUGUGAUCUUCAUAGUUGUCAUUCUGGGUUACAUUGCAUUAGGAGUUGUGGCUUGGGUGCACGGGGACCCCAGGAAAGUGAUUUAUCCAACUGACAGCUAUGGGCAGUUCUGUGGUCAGAGAGAUACCCUCAAUGAGAACAAGACCAUUUUGUUUUACUUCAACAUCCUGAAAUGUGCCAGCCCCGUAGUGUUAAUAAACCUACAGUGCCCUACAACACAGCUUUGUGUCUCAAAGUGCCCAGACAGGUUUGCAACCUACAUUGAUGUUCAGGCUUCCUACAGAUAUAGACCAGAUCAGUGGAAUUACUUCAGACAGUUCUGCAAACCUGGCUUUAACAAUCCUCGCAAGUCUAUUGCUCAAGUCCUACGCGAUGAAGAUUGUCCUUCGAUGAUCAUUCCAAGCAGGCCUUUUCUGAAGAGAUGCUUCCCAGACUUCUCCACGAAGAAUGGUGUGUUGACCGUGGCAAAUCAGACUACAUUCAAAGAUGGAAGAGGGAAAACAAGAAAUGUAACUGAUCUCAGGGAAGCUGCAAAUGGCAUCAAUAAUGUCCUGGAUGCAAGAUCAGUUGGAAUGAAAAUUUUUGAAGACUAUGCCAUUUCUUGGUAUUGGAUUUUAAUUGGACUGUUCAUUGCAAUGAUGUUGAGUCUGCUGUUCCUUGUGUUAUUGAGGUUCACAGCUGGGGUUCUCUUCUGGAUUUUCAUCUUUGGUGUGAUUGGAAUUAUAGGUUAUGGCAUCUGGCAUUGUUACUGGGAGUAUGAUCAUCUUAAAGGAAUACCUGGAUCUGACCUCACUGUUUAUGAUAUUGGAUUCCAGACAGACUUCAAAGUGUACCUGCAACUGAGGCAAACAUGGUUAGCAUUUAUGAUCAUACUUUGUGGUGUUGAAGUCAUAAUCAUACUGAUGCUGAUCUUCCUAAGAAAUCGGAUUUGGAUUGCUAUUGCACUGUUGAAGGAAGGUAGUAGGGCAAUUGGCUAUAUAAUGUCUACACUGUUCUACCCAAUUGUCACCUUCUUACUCAUUGCAAUUUGUAUUUCCUACUGGGCUGUGACAGCUGUUUUUCUGGCCACAUCAGGAGAACCUGUGUAUAAAGUAAUGGCUAAUCAAACACUGUGCAAGUACGCAAACCUGACUUGUGACCCAGAGACUUUUAACACAACCAAUGUGACUAAAUUGUGCCCAGGUGCUCAGUGUACUUUUGCUUUUUAUGGAGGAGAAAGCCUGUACCAUAAGUACAUCUUCAUCUUCCAGUUAGCCAAUGCCUUUGUCUUUCUCUGGCUGGUGAACUUUGCAAUUGCACUGGGUCAGUGUACCCUUGCUGGUGCCUUUGCCUCUUAUUACUGGGCUUACAGAAAACCAGCUGAUAUUCCACUGUGGCCACUCUUCUCUUCAUUUGGACGAGCAAUACGAUACCAUACAGGUUCGCUGGCAUUUGGAGCCUUAAUUCUUGCAAUUGUCCAGCUUAUUAGAGUAAUACUGGAAUACCUGGAUCACAAACUGAAAGGUACUCAGAACUCCUUCACUAGAUUCCUACUCUGCUGCCUCAAGUGCUGUUUCUGGUGUUUGGAAAAAUUCUUAAAAUUUAUAAACAGAAAUGCCUACAUCAUGAUUGCCAUAUAUGGUAAAAACUUCUGCACCUCAGCAAAGGAAGCAUUCUUUUUGCUCAUGCGGAACGUGGUGAGGGUUGCAGUUUUGGACAAAGUUACAGACUUCCUUCUAUUUCUGGGGAAAAUCCUUGUUGCUGGUGGUGUAGGUGUUCUUGCAUUCUUUUUCUUCACACAGAGAAUACCAGUCUUUGCACAGGAAGUGCCAAUGCUAAAUUACUACUGGGUACCAUUGUUGACGGUCAUCAUUGGCUCCUACUUAGUUGCACACGGGUUCUUCAGCGUCUAUGCAAUGUGUGUCGACACACUUUUCCUCUGCUUUUGUGAAGACCUGGAAAGAAAUGAUGGAUCUACAGCAAAACCCUACUUCAUGUCAGCUAGCCUCCACCGAAUUCUAGGGAAGAAGAAACUAAGCCCUAAGAAGGCAGCGGGAUAAUGAACACUAAACCUCAACAUCAAAAAGUGUCACUUUUAAGCAAAACGUGUAUAAAGUAGGCAAAAGUAAAAACUGUAAAUGAUGCUUCUGGUUAAUGGGUGAUUCUUUUUUCCUUUUGCUUAUAUAAAAAAAAAGAGCAACAUUGGUAACAUUUAACUAGUUUAAAUGCUUAAACUAACAGCUGUGAAAACAAGGCCACAUUUUAGUUUAUAGAGUGCCUAUGAAAAGGAAAAUGUAAAUUUGAAACUUUUAUAAGUGUAUAAUGUUUUAAUAACUUUUGUAAUACAAGUUGCUGCCUUAGAUGACAGCAGUUUUGAUAAUGUUUCUUAUAAGUGUAUAUUUGUAAAAGAAAUCCAGGCAAUUUUUUGAAAGCACUAACGUAUAACCUAAUUAGCCAUAAAAAAAUAUAGUUUGAGACUCCAGUUAACGAGGAGAUGGUACUAAAUUUGUAAAUAUGGUGCUAUGAUUGUAUUUUUUUGUACAAGCUGGUUUGCAGCUAUUUAAACUGUGAUUAUACAUGCAUUAAUGAUUUCCUACACUGAAAAAUGUAGUGAUAUUUUAAUCACAUCCACAACUGCAUCUUUUAAGACAUGAUGGUACCCUGCAGAUCCCAAAGAAGGUAGUCAGAAAAUACUCAAGUUGAUACUGCUUGAGGUGAAGUUUUAUGGGAGUUGUGCUUAAAAGAUUAUAUAACUGAUAGAAGGUCACACUGCAGCUGAAGUGAUUUGUGGUUUACACAAAUGAGGUUUCAUCUGGUACAAGAUGGUGAAUGUAUAAUUUUUAGCUGAUGUCUAAGAGAGAUGCACAUGUGUUAAUAUCCCCCUAACCCUGACAAGUCUCUGAUUGCGUUCUGUGUUACAGGGAGGUUGAGCUUCACUGAAAGGAAAACUAAAUGCAGUCCUUUUUUCGUUGAACGAAAGUCUUCACUCUGUGUGCAUGCACAAGGAGUUCCAUUGCCUCUGCCUAGCUUAGGAGGGCUCCAAGCCAUUGGAAUGACUUUGCAGGUGCAGAGGGCUGGGGCUGCACUUCCUGCACGUCUCCGUGCUCCCAGUGCCUCACACAGUAAGGUACUAGGACAUUGAACUCAAAUCUUCUCGUGGUACAGAAUGAAUUAUUCAACUACUGAAAGAUGCUCUGAAAGAUUUAGUUUGCUUUUUGAUUGUUAAAUUUGCCCAGUCAUUAGUACAAAGUCAUUAAUACACCUGUUGGUAGAAAGCACAUUAACGAUUGGUGGGGUUUGUGACCCUCCCAGUAGUGGAAUUGUCACUGCCAUUAAGUAACAGCUCUGCUGAUGGAAAAAGUCUUAACACUGGAGAGUUUAUCAAGUCUGUUACUACCAAGAUGGAGCUAAAAAGGCUUUAAUUUAUUAGUCUCCUGGGGGAGCCAAGGACCCAGCCGUGCUGAGGCCUGCCCCUGUUUUUAAUGGAUUCCAGUGGAUUGAAAAAGUUAUUCCAGUACUUUCCAGGAGUGACAUGUGCCAUACAUUUGCUAGUUCUGUGACAGGAGUUUAGCACCUGGAAAUACUUUUCUAACCCUAGGUGUUCAUUGGUGUCACAAAAAGAAGUGCAAAUUCUUUUCGAGACGAUUUGAAGGCAAGUUUCUGGGGAAAGUUUACUGACCAUCUACAUCCCAAUGGGAUUUUGCUGUCUAACUUACAGCUCUGGUUUGUGAUGUCUGUGAUCACUGCAAAGGCAGUAAUACUGUCCCUCAUGCCAUGGGUCAGGGGUCAUGUUGAUGCACAAGUGACUGCCAUCCAUACCCUUGCAGUCAUGGGCAUGGUACGAUCUUGAAAUUCAGUGACCUGAGGUGCAGGUGGGAGUAUCCUUGUAAGCUUUCUCUUUGGUCCAAUGUAUGCUGGAGCCUUUUCCCUGCAGCAAAAAUUAGGAGUUCAGUUUAGGACUCCAAUAAUGUAAAAUAAAGGCAUAUGGUUUCAAAUAUAGCUACUGAUUAUAGGCAGCUUGAGAUUUUGGUAACCACUCCUGAGAUACCCUAGAGGAAACUUGACUUUUAGAAAGGACUGGGAAUUCCACCUUUGGGGAAAAGAAAGGACUCCCGAGAGAUUAAGUUUUUCAUCAUUGUCAUCAUCAUCAUUCCUUUCUCAUUAUGUGCAUGGUAUGGAUUACACACACACACACCCUCCCCAUGAUUCUAAUAUUUUUUGAGAAUGAAGUCAGUAACUUUUGGGGGUAUGUGUAACCAUUCUGUGAUUAAAGAAGCUGUUGAUCUUGUUACAAUCCAUGUUUUAAAGCUUUUUUUUUUUUAAUACUAAUGAUUAAUUUUCAGCUAAAGAAACUGCAUUACAUCAUCUAUAUUUCUACUCAACUUGAGUGUCUUACUGGGAGCUCAAUUGAAAAAGCAUAUUUCUGAAUAUAGCUUGCUUUUUAUCAUAUGAAUGUAACCACAGAGUUUACUAGGAAUAAAACUUAAUAGGAAAUAGUAUACAGUUAUUUGAUUAGAAAACUUUUGUAACAAACCUAUGCAUUUACUAAAGGAAUUUCUAAAAGUGAAAGUUUUAAAUUGUAUUAUUAUUUAUAUAUGGUAAAAAUUAUAUAUAUGUAUAAGUUUGCUCCUCUCACUAUUUUGUGAAAGUAUUUAGAAUGUAACUGAUCAUCAUUUUUGAGAAGAAAAUUUAAAAGCCAUUUUCUUACGAUGUAAUUAUGAGAACUGUGAAAAUACGAAGCAAUACCAUGUAGAUUUUGUAAUCAAUAAAUUCAGUAAGUAGAAAUUAUUUAAUAUUAAAAUUGGCUUUCUAGAAAUAAAUUACAAAUAAUUAGUCAAAAUAAUACAAAUAUUUACUUGGGAAAGGUUCGCCUAAGAUAUUUGAAGACUAUCUUAUUAUAAUGGUUCCUAAUUAAUCCUGUGGGCCAGAGUCUGCAGAUGCACACCACAGAGGAGGUACUAAUAUUGACGUUUUUGGAUUUGGACUUUUACUUUGUUGCUUGCUUUAAUAUGAAAUGAAAAAUUGCUUUUUUUACUGUGGAGAGUGGAACGCAGUCAAACAUGCCGUGUGCUUUGCUGCUGAGCCCGCCAGGGCUGGUGGCGCGGCGGCACCAGUGCAGCAGGUGAGCCCGCCAGGGCUGGUGACGCAGCGGCACCAGUGCAGCAGGUGAGCCCGCCAGGGCUGGUGGCGCAGUGGCACCAGUGCAGCAGGUGAGCCCGCCAGGGCUGGUGGCGCAGCGGCACCAGUGCAGCAGGGCCGCGGGGUCAGUGCUCGCGGGCGCAGCGAUGCAGCCGUGGGAGGCCAGACCAGCAGCUCCUGAGCUGCCCAGGGCAUGCCAAGGUCGGGCCAGGCACCUUCUCCCUGCCAGGAGCUGUGGAAAGCAGGUGGAUCUGAAGAGAGACCCUUUUACAUGAGCAGAAAAAUAAACAUUCUCUAAAUCACAAACAAGCAGAAUGCAGAAACGAAGACAGUAGAAAACACCUGCUAUCACAUCCAUGUGAUCAUGUUUGUUUAGUUUGGUUUGGAUUCACUGUAUCUCCCUAAAGCAUAUUACUGAACGGCUUUCAUUUACGUGUUUUAUACCAAAGUUUUAAUGUCAAGCCUUCAAAUUUUGUAAGAACAAAAAAAAAAAAAAAAAAAAAAAAAAAAACAAAAAAAAAACAACCCACAAAAAAAAAACCCCACCACCACAAAAAAACCAACAAAAAACCACCACACACACACACACACAAAACCAUCAAAACAAACAAAAAAACCCCCAUGGAAACAAAACACAGAAACAAGAAGAUAGAAUCAUUUCUUCUGAUGAGGAUUUUUUUUCCAAACAGUAUUCAGCAGAUGAUUCUUGGGUGAUCCAAGGAUGCUGAAUAUUCCUUUAAAUGUUAGUAUUCUAUGAAAUAUUUCACUAUUGCAUGUUCUGCUGUAGAACAGGAUAAAUAUUUUGGUGGAUGCAAUGUCAGGCUGAUUCUUCAAUUGUCAGUAAGUGUUCUUCCACAAGUGGGCUGUCAGAGAAAUGGUUAUGAAGAAUAAACUGACUGUUUUUGAAUUACCCAGAAUGUCUCCCUUUGACCAGUCUGGACAGCUGUAUCCUUGCAGACAAAGUGCCUUACUGGCUGUUACUUUACCUGGAUUACAUUUUGAAAUUCAUUUAUACCGUGUAGACUACAAAACAGAAAAGGCUAGAAAGGAAAACCAACACUUUAUUUCAAAUUGGCUAACAAAAAAUCAACUGUAGUAAGGAUGUCAGGUGUGUUUGUACUGUGUGAUGCAGCACACUGUUGCUGUUGAGAGAUUAUGAAAAUUGAUGGUGUGGUCCAGGAGAAAAUGUAACAAUAGUGUUGCAAAUAAAUGAAAACAGUGCAAGACUGUUCCAUUUUUAUACAGUAGAUUUUUAAAAUAGCUUUAAUUUGUGAUAUUGUGGACUUCUGAGUAGGCCCUAUUCUGCUUUCUGUUUACAAUGAUCAUGUGUAUUGUAGCUGUGUAACUGUGGGUAGAACUGGGCUCUUGCUACUUACAACACAAGAAGUAAAGCUAAAAAUUACGUAUAUAUUACUGUAAUGCAUCUAUUUGUGUGUUUAUAAGCAUAAGGUUCCUUCUCCAUUUCAAGACUGAUAAUUUCUUAUUCUGGAACCGUUUUAUAAAUUGUUCUAAAUUUUUAAACUUUUGAUACAGGCAAUGAUUUUUGGGGUAAUUUGUAAUUUGUACUGCACUGUAAACAAUUGAAAAUGAGUGUUUCUUCAUGUUCAAGUAAUACUAGUGCUAUUAGUAUUAAAAUUGUCUGUUACCCUAUGCUACAAAAUGUCCACAUGCAUUUGUCCCAAAUAAUGAGUUUUAAAGCCAUACAAAUGGCUCUUUGAGGUUUAAGAAACGAAAGGUAGUUUUAUUAAUAUGAUUCUUAAGAUCGUAAUGUUUUGUCAAAACCGAAUUAACCACGAGCAUGAUGAUUUGAGCUCUAAAUCCUGUUGCUUCUGCUAUGCAGAAAUAGAAUCCUAUUGUUUAAAUAUCUUUGAUAACGGAAGUGCUUAAUUCUGAUUCACAGUUGUUGGGGAUUGUUCUAAUAAAGAUUUCGAUACAA